CGCUCUCUCUCACUCUCUCUGUUGCUCUUUCUUUCUUAUAUCUCUCUGUCAUCCAAUAUUUGCUUUAUAGCUGCACCGAGUUCUCAAAAACUACUUCCCUGUUCUCUUCCACCUGAACGAGUUUAAUUUCUUGACCAACACAGCAACAUUCUCACUAUGCCUGUAAGAAUCUCCGAUGCCUUUCAAUCCCACCCCCAUAAACACUACCCUGCAGACUUCAGCUCACUGCACGAGUUACCGGACUCGUAUGCAUGGACUGAUCAACCCGACCAGUACCCAUCUCUGGACUCGUCAUUCGGCUCUGAGCUGUGUGUUCCGGUGAUCGAUCUAAACGAUCAAAAUGUCCUUAAACUCAUAGGACAUGCAUGUAAAACUUGGGGUGUGUUCCAAGUCACAAACCAUGCAAUCCCACAAAAGCUUCUUCAUGACAUUGAAUCAACCUGUCGAAGCCUCUUCUCUUUCCCAGUCCAGCAGAAGCUCAAGGCCGCUCGACCGGCGGACGGAACUUCUGGUUAUGGAAUCCAUCGGAUAUCUUCGUUUUUCCAAAAACUCAUGUGGUCGGAGGGCUUCACUAUUGUUGGCUCACCACUUGAACAUUUCCGACAACUCUGGCCCCAAGAUUACAACAAAUUCUGUUGUAUGGUAGAGGAAUACGAGACACAUAUGAAAAGGCUGGCAGGGAGGCUGAUGUGGCUAAUAUUUGGUUCACUAGGCAUACCGAUGGAAGACGUUGAUUGGGCCGGGCCGAAAUGUGACUUUCAAGACGCAACCAAUGCUCUACAAUUGAAUUCCUACCCGGCUUGCCCGGAUCCGAUUAGGGCAAUGGGUUUGGCCGAGCAUACGGACUCCACCCUCCUCACCAUCAUCCACCAAACCAACACAAGUGGCUUGCAAGUUCUUCGAGAGGACGCCGGAUGGCUCACAGUUCCGCCCAUCCAAGGAGCUUUGGUAGUGAACAUCGGCGACCUCACUCAUAUCAUGUCCAAUGGGAUGUACCGCAAUAUUCUUCAUCGAGCGAUAGUUAACCGGACUCAACAACGUUUAUCAGUUGCUUACUUAUAUGGGCCACCGAUUAAUGUUCAAAUUUCACCUCAUUCCGAACUGAUCACUCCAAGUCACCCUUCUCUUUAUCGCCCUGUGACUUGGAAAGAGUACCUUGGAAUCAAAGGAAAACUAUACAACAAGGCACUUUCUUCUAUUAGGGUUUAUGAUCCUCUAAAGGACCAGAUUGAUUAAUCUAUGUAAAUGGCCAUAAGAGCAUAAAUAAGUCCUUAUGUUGUACACAUAUUAUUUCCUAUCCAAACGCAUUUAACAA